AUGGCCGCACUUGUGAUUUUGUUCAUUCGUUUUAGCUUAUGCCUGUUUUUGUUGAUGAAUGGAGUCAAAGCCGGCAGAGAACCUCGAAUUUCUAGAGGGGAAGAUGCCAGUAUUGAGGAUGUUCCCUAUAUGGGCUCGCUGCGUAAACUCCAAAAUGAAUCUGUGGCAGUUGGCAGUGGAUACAUUUGCGCAGCAGCUGUUAUCAAGAAUCGUGUGCUUAUCACAUCCGCUUUCUGUAUAUAUAGACAAACACGAGAGGAUAUGGUGGCUGUAAUAGGGAAUACGAACACGAGAGGCUUAAGCUCAACAAUGAGGGUGCUGAAAAUCGCAAGUUGGCGAUGGCAUGGCUUAUAUAAGCAUAACGAACUGGCUUACAAUAUUGGAUUGGUCUUUACUUCUGAAGAUAUAAUGCCCGUUAAAGGAGCUAUUGCAUAUCUACCUAUCACUAUGGAAGUAUUUCAGCCGAAUACCCGAUGCUCAUUUUGCGGCUGGGGUGCAGAUACUACUGUUGCUGUGUUGCGUGACGCUCCCCACGUCGCAUUAAGACGGAUUUCCAGCAAAAUGGAGUGCUUUAAGCGCGCUCUUGUUGUGGGUGUGAUGUGCACCUACGACUUGGCGCGAGCCGCUAAAACAAACAGGUUCGAUCUAGGUGGCCCGUUGAAAUGCAACGAUACACUUGCGGGUGUCUUCCUCGGAAGUGCCAGCAACGAGUAUAUGCUGUUCACCGAUAUAUAUAUGUUUAGAAAAUGGAUAAACGGGGGCAUUUACAUGCAUUUCAAUGGAGUUGAGGCCCUACGUUCCAGUUGCUUCCAGUGGCACGUGUCUGUGGCCAUUGCCAUUUACCUGAUCACCAGCUGACAGUCAGGAGGACAUAUACAUAUUAGAGUUUGAUUUUAAAUUCGUAUUAAAAAUUA